CGUCCCAUUGCCAGCGAUUUGCGUUUUGCCUAGCCGAACGGGGAUGGCUUCCAUUUUAACGCCUCCUAGCCACCUCCAUUUCGUAUCGUUUCAGACUUGGUUCGUCGGCUACGAGGUUUUAGCUCGACUGUCUUUUUCCGAAAAUGCUACGAAAAAUGAGCGCAGGCAAAGGAUCCCAUGGAACCAUGGAUGGUUUGGGCAAAAGCAACGGAAUGCGCAAUUUCGGGCCAGACGGUGAUCGCAGUUCCCCGCUGGCGAAUGGCUAUUAUGGCAGUUUCAAGAACUCAGGUCUGAAUGGACACACCUUCGGACCGGCGUCUCCCAUGGCUAACGGGUUGCCCAAUGGAAAACCAGUGACAAGUUCAGAUUUUGACGAUACGGCCAGCGACGGCACGACGGAGCAUGAUCUGGCCCGGCGCAUGAUGGAGCUGACGGUGGAGGACGACGAUACGGACUUCUUCAAAUCUGUCAAAGCGGAGCAUGCUUGCAGUUACUGCGGAUUGAGUGAUCCCUGUGCGGUGGCCUGCUGCAUGACAUGUAAAAAGUGGUUCUGCAAUGGACGCGGCCUGAUCCAGGGAAGCCACAUCGUCCAUCACAUGGUGCGUUCCAAACACUUUGAAAUCCAAUUGCACAAAGACGCCCUGGGCGACACCUGUCUGGAAUGCUACAACUGCGGCAACAAAAACUCGCUAGUGCUGGGCUUCAUUCCCGCCAAAUCGGAGAGCCUGGUGGUGCUGUUGUGCCGCAAUCCGUGCGCCAGUGCGGCUAAUUUGAAGGACAGCACGUGGGGCGACGCCAACAUGUGGAAGGCGGUGAUUGAGAAUCGGCAGUUUGCCAAGUGGAUGUUGCGUCAACCCAGUGAUCAGGAGAUGAUCCGACAGCGGCAGAUCAACGCGCAGCAGCUGCUUAAGCUGGAGGACAUGUGGAAGACUAAUCCGGAAGCCACCGUGGACGAUUUGGAGCAGCAGCUGCCGGAGGCGAAAUUGCCGGAAAUAGUCAUCCGCUACGAAGACGCCUACCACUACCAGCGAAUUUUCCUCCCGCUGAUCCGACAGGAAGCCGACACCGAUCGCAUGCUAAAGGAAUCCCAGGUGUACGAGAGCGUGAUUGUCCGCUGGGACACCGGUCUGAAUAAACGCCAGAUUGCCUACUUUGUGCUGCCCCGUGUGGACUGUGACGCCAAGAUUAUGCCAGGGGAUGAACUGCGUCUCAGCUCCAUGGAUCACGGUUGGGAUGCCGUCGGGAAUGUGCUGAAGAUUGCCGACAAUCUGGGCGAUGAGUUUUCGCUGCAGUUGAAGUUGGGCACAAAGAAUAUCCCCCUGGAUAUGACGGUCGGCUUCCGCGUGGAGUGUGUGUGGAAAUCCACGUCUUUUGACCGGAUGAAGAAUGCCCUGACGACGUUUGCCAUUGAUUCGACUUGUAUGAGUCAUUACAUAUACAGUACACUAUUGGGCUAUCCCAUGAGGGAGACGAAUAGUAAUCGCCCGGUAACACUGCCGCGGAGGAUCACUGCGCCUAAUCUGCCGGAGCUGAAUGCUUCCCAGGUGUCAGCAGUGCGGAUUGCCAUCGGCUCGCAGAUUAGCUUGAUCCAAGGCCCGCCAGGUACAGGUAAAACUGUCACCUCAGCAACACUAGUGUACCAUCUGGUAAAAGCCACCCGUGCCAAGGUGUUGGUCUGCGCACCCAGUAAUAUUGCGGUGGACCAACUAACGGAAAAGAUCCACAAGACCGGUCUGAAAGUGGUGCGCGUCUACUCCAAGAGCCGCGAAGUGGUGGAAUCGCCCGUGCAGUUCCUGUCGCUUCAUCUGCAGAUGCUGACGAAUCCCGAACUGAAGAAAUUGCAGCUGCUCAAGGGAGAGACCGGAGAAUUGUCGGAUAAGGAUGAGCGACGGUAUCGAUCACUGCGCGUCCAGGUCGAGCAAGAGCUGCUCAACGGAGCGGAUGUAGUAUGUACGACGUGUGUGGGCGCUGGAGAUCCACGAAUUGGCCGGAUGAAAUUCAAAGUGGUGCUGAUCGAUGAAAGCACACAGGCUAUUGAGCCGGAAUGCCUGAUUCCCAUUGUGAUGGGCUGUAAACAGUUGGUGUUGGUGGGGGACCAUUGCCAACUGGGUCCGGUGGUGAUGUCGAAGGAUGUAGCCGCCGCCGGAUUGAGCUCUUCCAUGUUCGAGCGGUUGAUCGCGCUGGGUCUGCGAGCCCACCGUCUACAAGUGCAGUAC